CAGAGGUACGUGGAGGGAGAGAAGCAGAGGAAGUCGUCUUACUUUCACUUUCAGUUUGGAAUAUAUAAUAAGGGCGAGCCGGGGGUGACGACCAGAGAGCUGAGCACGGAGCGGGCGACCUACCUGCACGAUUUUCCGAUAAUGGAGCAUCCAGUGUGUCUGAUAGAGAACCAUGAGGAUGGGACCAUCCGGGUGAAUCAGGAGGCCCUGGAAAUCUUAUCCCGCUUUACUCAGAAGGUGGUUGUUGUGGCCGUAGUCGGGAAAUACCGGACCGGGAAGUCCUAUCUGAUGAAUAUACUGGCGGGAUGUAAAAAUGGCUUCUCUUUGGGCUCGACAGUCCAGUCCAUGACUAAAGGUAUCUGGAUGUGGUGUGUUCCUCACCCUGUGAAACAUGGUCACACCCUGGUGUUGCUGGACACAGAAGGCCUUGGUGACGUGGAGAAGGGGAACAGUCAGAAUGACUCCUGGAUUUUCGCCCUCGCCGUUCUUCUCAGCAGCACCCUGGUAUUUAACAGCAUAGGGACAAUCGAUCAGCAGGCCAUGGAUCAGCUCCAUUAUGUCACUGAACUGACUGAGAAAAUAAAAGUGAAAUCCACCGAGCAAGCAGAGUUAGAAGAUGAUUCAUCAGAGUUCAAGAGAUUUUUCCCGUCCUUCGUAUGGUGUGUUCGAGAUUUCAACCUUCAGCUGAAAAUAGAUGGGAAGGACAUCACCGAGGACGAGUAUCUGAAAAAUGCCUUGAAGCUGAAGCCAGGAAUGAGUGUUGCAGUGCGGAAUUACAACCUACCCCGGGAGUGUAUCCUCCAUUACUUCCAUUCACACAAAUGUUUUGUGUUUGAUCGUCCGGCAUCUAAGCUGGAUCUCCAGAACAUGGAUAAAGUGCAGGACUCUCAGCUGGACCCUGCCUUUAUACAACAGACGAAGAAGUUCCGUGAGUACAUUUAUGAGAAGAGUCCAGUUAAAGCCCUAUCAGGCGGGUACACGAUAACCGGGAGAGGUCUUGGGGACGUCGCAGUCUCCUAUGUAGAGGCGAUCCGCAGCGGUUCCAUUCCUUCUAUGGAGAAUGCAGUUAUUGCUUUGGCGAAGAUUGAGAAUUCUCGAGCCGUAGAAGACGCUUUAUCUAAGUAUGACGAGAUGAUGGCUCUCCAUGUCUGCAGAUUUCCAACUGAGACACAAGAGGAGUUUCUGAACCUGGACAAGGAAUGUCACUCUGAAGCGGUGAAAGUCUUUAUGAAACUCUCCUUCAAUGAUACAGAUCAAGAAUACCAGGCCAAGCUAAUAGAAGCGUUGGGUAAUAGAAAGGCAGAGUAUCUGAAGAGAAAUGAAGAGGCGUCUGAGAGGAGGUGCAGAGCUAUACUGCAGGAGCUGAGCGCGGGGCUGGAGAAAGGAAUCAAGGAAGGAAGGUUCUCUGUGCCUGGGGGAUAUAAGAUGUUCACUGAGGAGAAGAACUCUCUGGAGACGGAGUAUCUGAAGGUCAAAGCCAAGGGGGUAAAGUCUCUGGAAAUAUUACAAGAGUUCCUCAAAGAGAAGGAGACCGUGGGAUCCACCAUCUUGAUGGCUGAUAAAACUCUAGAAGAAAAGGAAAAGAAGUUGGCUGAGCAGCGAUCACAGACUGAAGCCGCAGCAAGAGAGAAGGAGAUCCUGGAAAAAGCUAACAUGGAGCUGAAGAGGAACCAAGAGGAGGAGCAGGAGAAUUACAAGCUUCACAUGGAAAUGCUGGAGAAGAAAAUGCUGGAUGAAAGAGAGAAGAUGAAGGAACAGAAUGAGUGGCUGAUAGGAGAGAAACUGAAGGAACAACAAGACAUGCUGGCCCAGGGCUUCAAAAAGCAAUGUCAAUCGCUGGAGGACGAGAUCAAGAGACUACAAGAGGAGAACAACGAGCCUACGUCAUUAAUGGGAGAAAUCAUCACCACCAUAUUACCCGGGAAAUUAGGGAAAUUUGUGAAAAAGGUGCUUCUAUAGGAGGAAUAUACAGUAUAUGCUGUAGGCCUGGUGCAGGGCCUGAGAGGGCGAGGAAUGACCCGAGGAUUUGAAGAUCUUCAAGUGGCACCUACCUCAGACCCUGCGCUAUACAGAGUUCUCCUUUACACAUAUCUUGUAGCCAGUUAUAAUAAAUGACAAGAAAUACA